AUUGGAUUGAAAUUGAAGAUUGGUUAAACUCCUCUCUGGCUCUUGACUCUGUGCAUUUGUAAGUUCAAAUGAGUUUGUAAUUGCCUGACUCUGUGCCACAUGUAAAUUCAAGUCAGUUUGUAAUUGCUUGACUCUGUGUCACAUGUAAAUUCAAGUCAGUUUGUAAAAAAAAUGGCCAGACUCUUAAAAAAAAGUCGGGUGAGAGCAGUGCUUCAUUAAGAAUCCAGAAUGUAAGGAUUGCAUGCGUAAAUGGUUGUAGAUUGAACAUUAUUAUUUCUUGAUGUUAUUUCAGUUCUGAAGGAAUUAAACAAACAACUAAUGUCAUUGAUGAUGAAGUUGUUCCGGCCUAUGUUCUGACAAGACUUGUGGCCCACAAAGACAGGGACGAUCUGGUAUUUUAAAUACUUUUUCUUAACUUCACAUUUGUUUGUGGCUGGCUGGCAAAAUCUUCAGAUCUGUCAAAACUUAAGCCCAACCCCCAAAAAUCUAUUUUUCCUGUUUUUGAAAGGGAAGAAGAAUAAAGCAUGAUGCCACUGAUUUUACAAAAUAAAAUUCCCAAAUAACGGCGCUAAACGAGAUUCUUAAAAAAAAUUGCAAAUGCGUUUGGUGGGUAAGAUUUUAGUUUGUUUUUUUCUGAAAUAGUUGGUGAAAUAAAUCUGCAGUGUAAACUUAGGUGAGACAUUAGAAUAUUAAUGUAGAUCAGGGUGGUGUAAAAAUGUAUGGUUGUGAGCCGAAAUUUGGGGGGUUGGCGGGCACACUGAGUGGGAUUCUUAUAUAGUGUGUGUCACUUGUAUUCAUGUUUUGUCACAUUUUCAGCUUCCCCCCCCCCCCCCCCCCCCAAUUGGUCGAUAUCACAUUUGAUAAAGGAUUUAUAAGAAAAACUUUGCUGUUAGGGGUUGUUUAAUUGAUUAGCACUUUAUCAAGCAUAUCAGUUCAUUAAGUUCUCUUCUGAAUAUUCCCUGAAGUCCAAUAGUACAUUGUUAGAGCUGAUGAGUUUAUUAUAUUAAAUUUUUACACUCCAUAAAGUUGGCAGCUGUGUCAAAUAAUUAGUGCCAAGUUAGUGCUAUGUGUCAAGUCAAAGAAUUAUUUAUUUGCAGUGCCAAGCUAGUGCUAUGUGUCAAAGAAUUAUUUAUUUGCAGUGCCAAGCUAGUGUUAUGUGUCAAAGAAUUAUUUAUUUGCAGUGCCAAGUCAAUGUUAUGUUUGAAAGAAUUAUUUAUUUGCAGUGCCAAGUCAAUGUUAUGUGUCAAAGAAUUAUUUAUUUGCAGUGCCAAGCUAGUGUUAUGUGUCAAAGAAUUAUUUAUUUGCAGUGCCAAGUCAAUGUUAUGUGUCAAAGAAUUAUUUAUUUGCAGUGCCAAGACAGUGUUAUGUUUGAAAGAAUUAUUUAUUUGCAGUGCCAAGACAGUGUUAGUAUUUUGUAAACUUGAUUGACUUUGAACUUGUUAUUUUAUAACACAAAAAAUGUAUUUUAGGAUGACUUGGAAAACAAUUUAAUCCAGAGCAAUCCCUACCUGCAAUCAGCUGUUGAUAUGUCAGUAGACGUUCUCACUGCGAAAAUUGUCGACUACACCCACCAUACAAUUUUGAGACUCCUUGUACUUGAAGUGAAAGUUGAGAUCAGAGCCCAAUUUCUGGGAAUAGGACAAGGUCAUUGUGCAGACAGUCUUAAG